AUGAAGCGGCGACAGAGACACGCAGACCUCCACGACGAGGACAAAGCGGCGGCCGUUCGGAACAAGGACCCGCAUCCUGAUAUCCUCCCACCGGAUUUACCUUCUCCCUCGUCAUCGCCUCCCCCUCUUCCUCCAUCGGCAAUGCCGCCUUCGACGUCGGCCUCUGCUCUGCUGGCGCUGGCCUCUCCGGCCACCAGGCGCUCCAUUUCCAUGGGCGACUUCCGGAGGGUGACGGAGGCUCUGCUCUCCGGCCCGCCGUCCGCCACAGCCCCCUCCUCCAGGCUCGUGACCCCCAGCUCGAGCAUGGAGUUCGCGGCGGCGCGGCGGCGUCUCCUCGAGGUGGAGGAGCGCCAGCGCGUCAUCCGAGAGAUGGAGCGGCGGCUGGAGGAGCUCCGGGAGGUGUUCGUGCGCUCCGAGGAGGAGGCGGUGGUCCAGGGGGAGGCGGCGUCGCGGAUCUCUAGCGCCGCCCAACAGGGGGAGCUGUGCGUGGGCGAGAACAGCCAACGGCUGAAGAAAGGCUUGAAGUUCAAGAAGCAUCGACCCGCCAUCGUCUUCUCCUCCAUGCUGGGACUCCGCACGUGCCUCCCCUGGCCCGUGAAGCUCAAAUAG